GAAAAGGUCAAAACUUGAAGCAGACUUUUCCAUUGCAAAUUGAUACAAAAUCCCUGGAGGCCCGGACAACUGAUACAAACAAGAAAGUCAAGACUCCAGCAACCCUGUAAAAGAAUUGGGGAAACUCAUCCCGCUUCACUUUCCCUCCUCCCCUCGCCCUGUGUUCUUGAUGAGGGAGCUUUCUUUACCAUGAUGCUCUUCACUUCUAAAUCUUCCAUUUUCUCUCUAUCCAUCCUUUUGUUGUUUACCUCGUUUUUUCUGAACCCCUUUUUCAAUCCUCAGCCUACACCCCAAAAUCAAACCCAUAGCCCAAUUUCAUCAUCAUCCACAUCAGCCUCUGAAUCAAAGAAAGCCCAUCAGCAAGAUCAACACUUUACUCGCAGAAACCAUAUUAUCCGCUUCAAUAAUUACAAGAAAGCAGAAGAUCACAAGAACUACCUCAUAGAAAAGUUGCAAUUUAAGGGUUGGGAAUGGAUUGAAAGGAAAAAUCCAGCAGCCAAAUUUCCUACGGAUUUUGGGUUGGUGGAGAUUGAAGAUUCGAAAAGGGAUGUUUUGAUUGGGAAAUUUUUGGAAUUGGAGCUUGUAAAAGAUGUUUCUUUGGAUUUGAGCUAUCAAAGAGUUAUUCUUGAGGAGGAUAAGGAAGAGAACGAGGGUAAUGUUGGGGGUUUUCUUGAUGAAAAGAAGCGGCCCGGCAAGCUGUUCACUGCAAUGUCAUUUAGUGAGCCGGAAGAGAAUUAUUAUGCCGUGGCAAAUACCAGUAAUAUGAGAAUUAGCUGGAGAAGGAAUCUCAUGGUGCAGAAGUCCCAAGUUACAUCCUUUUUUGGAGCUGAUGCAUUGUGGUCAAAGGGGUAUACGGGUUCAAAAGUCAAAAUGGCAAUAUUUGAUACUGGUAUUCGAGCAAAUCACCCUCACUUUCGCAAUAUCAAGGAGCGUACAAAUUGGACGAAUGAGGACACACUAAAUGACAAUCUUGGACACGGAACAUUUGUAGCUGGAGUCAUCGCUGGCGAAGAUUCAGAAUGCCUUGGUUUUGCUCCAGAUACGGAGAUCUAUGCUUUUCGUGUGUUUACUGAUGCACAGGUAUCUUACACAUCAUGGUUCCUUGAUGCAUUCAAUUAUGCCAUUGCAACCAAUAUGGAUGUGCUGAAUUUGAGCAUUGGUGGACCAGAUUACCUGGAUCUCCCAUUUGUUGAGAAGGUUUGGGAACUUACAGCCAAUAAUAUAAUCAUGGUUUCUGCAAUUGGGAAUGAUGGACCACUUUAUGGAACACUCAACAAUCCUGCAGAUCAAAGUGAUGUUAUUGGAGUUGGUGGCAUUGAUUACAGUGAUCAUAUUGCCUCUUUUUCAUCACGUGGCAUGAGCACUUGGGAGCUUCCUCAUGGUUAUGGUCGCAUAAAGCCAGAUAUUGUUGCAUAUGGUCGUGAGAUCUUGGGGUCCAAAAUUAGCACAGGUUGUAAAAGCUUAUCAGGAACUAGUGUUGCAAGUCCUGUGGUUGCUGGUAUAGUAUGCCUCCUUGUUAGUGUCAUUCCUGAAAACAAGCGUAAGGAUAUAUUAAACCCAGCAAGUAUGAAGCAAGCUUUGGUUGAAGGUGCUGUAAAACUUUCUGAUCCCAAUAUGUAUGAGCAGGGUGCUGGAAGAGUGAGCCUAUUAGAAUCAUAUGAAAUCUUGAAGAGCUAUAAACCUCGAGCAAGCAUCUUCCCAAGUGUUCUUGAUUACACAGAUUGCCCUUACUCUUGGCCUUUUUGCCGCCAACCGCUCUAUGCAGGUGCUAUGCCAGUUAUCUUUAAUGCUACCAUUCUGAAUGGGAUGGGAGUAAUUGGUUAUGUUGAAAGUCCUCCAACAUGGCAUCCUUCAGAUGAAGAAGGAAAUCUUCUCAGCAUUCAUUUUACAUAUUCAGAAAUUAUUUGGCCAUGGACCGGUUACCUGGCACUUCACAUGCAAAUCAAGGAAGAAGGGGCUCAGUUUUCCGGGGAGAUAGAGGGUAAUGUAACUGUUAAAAUCUACAGUCCGCCUGCCAAUGGACAAAAUAAGCCUCAAACUAGCAUCUGUGUCCUACACCUAAAACUGAAAGUGGCGCCAACUCCUCCAAGAUCUGCACGAAUACUAUGGGACCAAUUUCACAGUAUAAAAUAUCCACCUGGUUAUAUUCCAAAGGACUCUUUAGAUGUUAGGAAUGAUAUCCUUGACUGGCAUGGAGAUCACCUUCACACAAAUUUUCAUGUUAUGUUUAACAUGCUAAGGGAUGCGGGGUAUUUUGUUGAAACCCUUGGCUCCCCUUUUACCUGCUUUGAUGCCCAGCAUUAUGGGACACUAAUGUUGGUGGACCUUGAAGAUGAGUUUUUCACUGAAGAGAUAAAAAAACUGAGGGAGGAUGUGAUUAAUACAGGUCUAGGUCUUGUUGUAUUUGCUGAUUGGUAUAACGUAGAUACCAUGGUGAAAAUGAGAUUUUUUGAUGAUAACACUCGGAGCUGGUGGACCCCAGUCACUGGAGGUGCUAAUCUGCCUGCUUUAAAUGAUCUUUUGUCCCCAUUUGGGAUUGCUUUUGGAGACAGGAUUCUUAAUGGUGACUUUGUCAUGAAUGGAGAGGAAAGUCGAUAUGCAUCUGGAACUAAUAUUGUGAAGUUUCCUGGAGGUGGAUACUUACACAGUUUCCCUUUUGUGGAUAGUUCAGAGAGUGGUGCCACUCAAAAUGUCUUACUAUCUGGCAUGAUGAAGGCAGAUUCUCCCAUUCUUGGUCUUUUGGAGGUUGGUGGGGGCCGAAUUGCAGUAUAUGGGGACUCCAACUGCUUGGACAGCAGCCAUAUGGUCACAAAUUGUUUUUGGCUUUUGAAGAGAUUAUUAAAUUUUACUAGCGGGAAUAUCAAAGAUCCUGUACUUUUCUCAGAAUCGAAUAGACAACAUAUGCCCUUGCAUUUGGACAACAACCAACUACCAUCUCGUAGAACUGAUGUUAAUUUCUCAACUUAUUCAUCAGUUGUUGGAAAGGAACUGAUCUGUGGGAGUGAUUCAAGGUUCGAAGUUUGGGGGACCAAAGGCUAUAGUUUACAAGUCAGAGGAAGAAACCGCAGACUACCGGGCUACGCUGUUAUUGAUCUAGGUACAGGCUUGAAUUCAACCAGAGAUGCUUCCAACACAAGGGCCUUUGAUUCAAGUGAGAAGAAAAAUGAUGACAAUAGAUAUUUCGGUUUAUUCAACAGGGAGGAUAUGGAUAUGCCCGUAGUAGUUGCCAGUCACUGGCUUCUACCUGCAAUUGUAGCCAUUUUUGGCCUUCUACUACUCGUAAGUUUUUGGAGAAUCCGGCAGAAGCGUCGGAGGAGGAGGAAAGGAUCUGGUUCUAGUCGAUCUGCAAAUCCAUAACAAAGAAUUUUUGAAUUGUACCAUGUUGUUUAAUACAUCCGUAUAGGUUUUGUUUCUGUAGUUUCGGCAUGAAGUGCUAGAAUUUUGGUAGAGGCAUCAUCAAGGAAGUGAAUUUUGUGUUAAUCUUCGAGGUAGCAUAGUGUAAUUUUAGAGGUAAACUCUUUCCCAAAAAAAUUUCCUCAUUGCGGCAGGAAUUCUCAGCCUAAUAGCUCUUAGCUUUUCUGGACCAACAUGUCUUUCGCAAAAUCAGGUUCGGUUAUUCUUGUUAUGGAAGGCUGAGGUAUACAGCGUUUUGUAGAUUUACAAGAAUUGUGGUGUAUGGAGACCUUCAGAAGAAGUACAGUAGCAUAACGUGUCUGGAUAAAGAUUUUUCAGAAGUGCCCUGUUCCUUGGAGAGUUGUUUUUCGUCCUGUGCUUGUAGUAAUUCUUUUACGGUGGAAAGUAGUUGGUGCUUGUACCUUGUUACUAUGAAAUAACAUCUCAAGUCUGCACAUUCCCCCUCC